GAUCGGGGAGGCUGAGUGGAGUCGGGGCGGAGCGAGCGAACAGGGGGCCGGCGAAGUGAUGGCGGCCGACCCGCAGCUGGAGCUGGACGAGCGGCUGCGGGAGGCCUGCAGUAUCGGCGACGCCGAGGCGGUGCGGCGGCUGCUCGACAGCGGGGCCCGUGUUAACGGGCGGAACCCCGUCAAUGGCUGGACCUGCUUACACUGGGCAUGCAAGCGGGGUCACCAGCACAUCGUGCCUGACCUGCUGGAUGCUGGGGCUGACAGUGGAAUCCUCACCAGCAGGGGUGAAAGUGCGGCCCAGCUCACAUCCAAACCAGAGAUCAAAGCAAUGUUAGGAGUGGAUGAGGACCCAGGGCCGGCGGUGAAUGGACGUUCAGAGCUCCCAAUCGUUCCCAACUACCUGGCUAACCCACCCCUUCCAGUCCUGGAGAGCCGGAGGGGCUACAUCUCCAGCCCGGGCAGCGGUUCACCGGCUCGCACUGCCCACACGCAGCCGGUCCCCACCGUCACCUACCCUCCACCAGCAUUCGUGGCGGCAGCAAACCCUGCCCAGUCCCAGCCGCUCUUCUGGAUGGGAGCACUGCCUGAAAAUGAGCAAGAGCUGGUGUUGAAAGUUCGACUGUACAACCCGGCGGCCGAGCAUAACGACUUCAUCGAGGUGGAGCUGGAUCGCAGGGAGCUGACGUACCAGGUACUGCUCAGGGUCACCUGCCAGGAGCUGGGAAUUGGCCCAGAGAGAGUGGAGAGGAUCCGAAAACUUCCCAACACACUGCUGAGGAAGGACAAGGAUGUGACGAGGCUCCAGGACUAUCAGGAGCUGGAGUUGGUGCUGUUACGCUGUGAGGGGUCUGUGCUGUCGAUGCCGGGGGCACUGACUGAGAGACCCUGCUACAACCCGGGGGCAGCCACACUCAUCUACUGACUGCUGCUCUCGAUACUGCGGCCAGCAGCGGCCCGGUCCCAGCCCGUGGAGAGGGGAGGGCACGGCGGUGGGGCAGGUCGGCAUUUGCAGGUCCGGUCAAGCGAGGAGGGCAGCACCACCUCUCGUCUCGGGUCUGGGGGAGCUCAGUCUACCGUCUGUUUAGUACAAUUCGGGAUGGGGUUGAGGUGGUGGUGGUGGAGCUGCCCGUAACUGUCUCUGUCCCACACCGUUCCCCUCCCCCACACAUCUCUCCCUCUCCCCCACACAUCUCUCCCUCUCCCCCAGCUGUGUCUAUCUGUCCCUGAGCCCUAAACUCCAGCCCCAUCACCUCCCUCCCUCUCCCAGCCUCGUCCAUCUGUCCCUGAGCCCCACACACCAGUCCCGUCAGUUCCCUCCCUCUCCCAGCCCCAUCACCUCCCUCCCUCUCCCAGCCUCGUCCAUCUGACCCUGAGCCCCACACACAGGUCCCGUCAGUUCCCUCCCUCUCCCAGCCCCAUCACCUCCCUCCCUCUCCCAUCCUCAUCACCUCCCUCCCUCUCCCAGCCUCAUCCGUCUGACCCUGAGCCCCACACACCGGUCCCGUCAGUUCCCUCCCUCUCCCAGCCCCAUCACCUCCCUCCCUCUCCCAGCCUCGUCCAUCUGACCCUGAGCCCCACACACAGGUCCCGUCAGUUCCCUCCCUCUCCCAGCCCCAUCACCUCCCUCCCUCUCCCAGCCUCGUCCAUCUGACCCUGAGCCCCACACACAGGUCCCGUCAGUUCCCUCCCUCUCCCAGCCCCAUCACCUCCCUCCCUCUCCCAGCCUCGUCCGUCUGACCCUGAGCCCCACACACCGGUCCCGUCAGUUCCCUCCCUCUCCCAGCCUCGUCCACCUGUCCCUGAGCCCCACACACCGGUCCCGUCAGUUCCCUCCCUCUCCCAGCCCCAUCACCUCCCUCCCUCUCCCAGCCUCGUCCACCUGACCCUGAGCCCCACACACCGGUCCCGUCAGUUCCCUCCGUCUCCCAGCCCCAUCACCUCCCUCCCUCUCCCAGCCUCGUCCAUCUGACCCUGAGCCCCACACACCGGUCCCGUCAGUUCCCUCCCUCUCCCAGCCCCAUCACCUCCCUCCCUCUCCCAGCCUCGUCCGUCUGACCCUGAGCCCCACACACCGGUCCCGUCAGUUCCCUCCCUCUCCCAGCCUCGUCCACCUGUCCCUGAGCCCCACACACCGGUCCCGUCAGUUCCCUCCCUCUCCCAGCCCCAUCACCUCCCUCCCUCUCCCAGCCUCGUCCACCUGUCCCUGAGCCCCACACACCGGUCCCGUCAGUUCCCUCCGUCUCCCAGCCCCAUCACCUCCCUCCCUCUCCCAGCCUCGUCCACCUGUCCCUGAGCCCCACACACCGGUCCCGUCAGUUCCCUCCCUCUCCCAGCCUCGUCCAUCUGUCAACCCCACCACAGCCCUGCUCUUUGACUCAGACCCACCAACGGGGCCCACAUCAUCGUCCCUUCCAGUCGUGCGUCUCCCACUGACGGCCCUGGUCCCACCCAUCACCCAUCACCCAUCUGCCCCGACCAAGACCCGCCGACUUCUGCUGGCCCUGCCCACCCGCCCACCUCUGUCCUUCAGGCUGCUCACCCGUCGCCCUCGGCCCUGCUGUUCUUCACCGGUGACUGCACACAGGUCCAUGUGAAUGCGACAUGCCCUCUCCCAUGCUCCUGGCACUGCCCACAGGCACAGGGCUCAGCCAGGAGCGGUCCCAGCGGGCAGUGGCCCUCCCCCACCCCCCAUUCCCCUCCCACACACCCCACAUUUUUAUUUCAUCUUUUGACAGACGGGACUAAACCGGAAACGACCUUUAAUUUUCUAUCUCACACCCUGUUCUCGGUGAUCUCGGGGGGGCGGCAGAGUUCCCAGACCCUGGUACAGUGGCUGACAGCUGACCGCUGACCACCACUCCAUCAGCCUGUGCAUUUAGAUAUUGCUAUUUUUCUAUACACCUCACUUUUCAGAAAUUAUAACUGCACAAUAUUAAUUAUAGUUACUAAUAAAACUUGGUUUGCAUUUAAUGCAGAGACUGAGAACAAUGUCCAUAAGACCACAAGGCACAGGAGCAGAAUUAGGCCAUUCAGCCCAUCAAGUCUGCUCUGCCGUUCCAUCAUGGCUGAUCCCAGAUCCAAAAUGCUGGAGGAACUUAGCAGGUCAGGCAGUGUCUAUGGAGGGGAAAUGCCGACUGUACUCUUUUCC